CAUUUGGUAUUUUUUCAGAAUAAUUUAAAUUAUUACUUUAUCGUAGUUAGUAAUACUUUAAUUAUCGAAACAAAACCAUUGCAGCUUUUCUUCGCGUCCCUAUAACAAAAAUAAAAACGAAAAAGGAAAUGUGAAGGGGCUUUUAUGUAAAUUAAAAAUUAUCACUUUCAUUUUCGGUCUGUCUCAGGACUCUGCUACGCUGUCCUCGUUCCCCAUUUUCUCUUUUUCUCCCUUCAGAGGGGGAAAAAAAAAGAAAGAGAAAUCCAUUCAUUGUUGGAUCUCGCUCUUUCGAUCCACAAAGGUAUGCUCUGGUGGGGUCACUGUGCCUUCCUUUGCCUUCCUUUCUAGCUGUUAGGAAAUAUAGAAAGGCCUUAGGUCCAAGACAGAAUAUUGCUCAGAAAUGGGGCGUCUAAAGCUGCAACCUGGAAUCAAGGCAAUUCAGGAAGAACCUGAGGACUGUGAUACUACAUGUUCUAACAAAGCUACUUUGGCAUGUAUGAUUAAUUCAGAAGUAGGUUCUGUAUUAGCUGUCAUGAGGAGGAAUGUAAGAUGGGGCGGUCGAUACAUUUUGGGUGAUGAUCAGCUAGAACACUCUUUAAUUCAGUCAUUAAAGGCAUUACGAAAGCAAAUUUUCUUGUGGCAGCAUCAGUGGCAUACUAUCAACCCUGCUCUGUAUCUCCAGCCCUUUUUAGAUGUGAUUCGAUCAGAUGAAACUGGUGCGCCAAUCACUGGUGUUGCUCUAUCUUCUGUUCACAAAAUUUUAAUCCUUGAUGUGAUUGAUCAAAAUACUGUUAAUGUCGAAGAUGCUAUGUGUUUAGUAGUUGAUGCUGUGACUAGCUGCCGUUUUGAGGUGACUGAUCCUGCAUCAGAAGAAGUUGUACUGAUGAAGAUACUUCAGGUUCUUCUUGCUUGCAUGAAAUGUAAAGCCUCACUUAUGUUGAGUAAUCAGCAUGUUUGCACAAUAGUUAACACUUGCUUUCGUAUAGUUCACCAAGCAGAGAAGAAAAGUGAGUUAUUACAACGGAUAGCUCGCCACACAAUGCAUGAAUUAAUGAGGUGUAUAUUUUCACACCUUUCAAGUGUUGACAACACAGAACAUGCCUUGGUUAACACAAUUGGCACUGCUAAACAAGAGCUUGGUGGGAUGGAUAACAAUUAUGCAUUUGGGGCUAAACAAGUGGAGAAUGGAAAUGGCUCUGAGUAUGACGGCCAAGCAUCUUCUGGGAGUUUUGCAUCCAAUGGUUCUGCAGGUCUGGGAGCAACUGUGAAGGAAGAAAGUAUAAUAGUAGCUGGUAAUGGAAAGGAGACAGUUCCAUAUGAUUUGCACCUCAUGACAGAGCCAUAUGGUGUCCCUUGCAUGGUGGAGAUAUUUCAUUUCUUGUGUUCUUUAUUAAAUGCUGUUGAGCAUGCGGGAAUGGGCCCCUAUUCAAAUACCCUAGCGUUUGAUGAAGAUGUGCCACUUUUUGCAUUGGGUCUAAUUAACUCUGCCAUAGAAUUGGGUGGGCCUUCCUUCCGCCGUCACCCGAGGCUAUUGAGCUUGAUUCAGGAUGAAUUAUUUCGUAAUCUGAUGCAAUUUGGCUUGUCAAUGAGUCCACUUAUUCUUUCAAUGGUAUGUAGCAUUGUUCUAAAUCUGUAUCACCAUCUGCGUACAGAACUCAAAUUACAGCUUGAGGCUUUCUUUUCCUGUGUAAUUCUGAUGCUUGGACAAGGCAAAUGUGGAGCUUCAUACCAGCAGCAAGAGGUGGCUAUGGAAGCCCUUGUUGACUUCUGUAGGCAGAAAACAUUUAUGGUGGAGAUGUAUGCUAAUCUAGAUUGUGACAUAACUUGCAGCAAUGUAUUUGAAGACCUUGCUAAUUUGUUGUCAAGGAGUGCAUUCCCUGUGAACGGCCCUUUGUCUGCAAUGCACAUUCUCGCCUUGGAUGGUUUAAUUGCUGUUAUCCAGGGAAUGGCUGAGAGGAUUGGCAAUGGAUCAGUUAGUUCAGAGCAGGCGCCGGUUAGUCUUGAGGAAUAUACACCAUUCUGGAUGGUGAAGUGUGAUAACUACAGUGAUCCCAGUUAUUGGGUUCCAUUUGUUCGGCGGAGAAAAUACAUCAAGAGAAGGUUAAUGAUUGGAGCUGAUCACUUUAACCGUGACCCAAAAAAAGGGUUAGAAUUUCUCCAAGGAACACAUCUUUUGCCCGACAAACUUGACCCGCAAAGUGUGGCUUGCUUUUUCAGGUACACUGCUGGAUUAGAUAAGAAUCUUGUUGGGGAUUUCCUGGGAAAUCACGAUGAGUUCUGUGUGCAGGUUCUUCAUGAAUUUGCGGGGACUUUUGAUUUCCAAGAUAUGAAUCUGGAUACUGCUCUAAGACUGCUUUUGGAAACUUUUCGCUUGCCCGGAGAAUCACAAAAGAUACAAAGGGUGCUGGAGGCAUUUUCUGGGAGGUACUAUGAGCAAUCGUCACAUAUUCUAGCUAACAAGGAUGCUGCUCUGUUAUUAUCAUAUUCACUUAUAAUGCUUAACACAGAUCAGCACAAUGUUCAAGUAAAGAAAAAGAUGACAGAGGAGGAUUUCAUCCGGAAUAAUAGGCAUAUUAAUGGAGGCAAUGAUCUGCCACGAGAAUUUCUGUCAGAACUAUACCACUCAAUAUGCAAGAAUGAGAUCCGCACAACUCCAGAACAAGGCUUUGGUUACCCUGAAAUGACCCCAAGUCGGUGGAUUGAUUUGAUGCACAAGUCUAAGAAAACUGCACCGUUCAUUGUAGCUGAUUCUAGAGCCUACCUUGACCAUGAUAUGUUUGCUAUAAUGUCAGGUCCAACAAUUGCUGCUAUCUCUGUUGUAUUUGAUCAUGCUGAACAUGAAGAUGUUUACCAGACCUGUAUUGAUGGAUUCUUAGCUGUUGCGAAAAUUUCAGCAUGCCACCAUCUUGAAGAUGUACUGGAUGACCUAGUUGUGUCCCUGUGCAAGUUUACCACCCUUUUGAAUGCAUCAUCUGUUGAGGAACCAGUGUUAGCUUUUGGUGACAACACCAAAGCUAGGAUGGCAACUAUAACUGUUUUUACUAUUGCAAAUAGAUAUGGUGAUUAUAUUCGCACAGGUUGGAGGAAUAUACUGGAUUGCAUCUUACGACUGCACAAGCUGGGCCUUCUUCCUGCUCGUGUAGCCAGUGAUGCAGCUGAUGAAUCAGAGCUCUGUGCUGACCCCAUUCAUGGAAAGCCAAUUACAAAUUUUAUCUUCAGCUCACAUACAGUCCAUAGGAAACCCAGAAGAUCCUCUGGAUUGAUGGGCCGCUUCAGUCAGCUUUUAUCUCUUGAUACAGAGGAGCCAAGAUCACAGCCCACCGAACAACAACUUGCUGCCCAUCAACGAACCCUUCAGACGAUUCAAAAAUGCCACAUUGACAGCAUAUUUACUGAGAGUAAAUUUUUGCAAGCUGAAUCAUUGUUGCAGCUAGCACGAGCACUGAUUUGGGCUGCUGGGCGGCCACAGAAAGGGAGUAGCUCACCUGAGGAUGAAGAUACUGCAGUUUUCUGCCUGGAGCUGCUUAUUGCAAUUACCCUGAACAACCGUGAUAGGAUUGUGCUUCUGUGGCAGGGUGUCUAUGAGCACAUAGCGAAAAUUGUUCAAUCAACUGUUAUGGCUUGUGCCCUGGUAGAGAAGGCUGUUUUUGGGCUUCUUAGAAUUUGCCAACGGCUGCUUCCUUACAAAGAGAACCUGGCCGAUGAACUCUUGAGGUCCCUGCAACUUGUCUUGAAACUUGAUGCUCGAGUGGCCGAUGCAUACUGUGAGCAAAUUACUCAGGAAGUAAGUCGUCUAGUGAAGGCAAAUGCUACCCACAUAAGAUCCCAAAUGGGGUGGCGUACAAUCACAUCUUUACUUUCUUUCACUGCCCGGCAUCCAGAAGCAUCUGAAGCUGGUUUUGAUGCACUAUUAUUUAUUAUGUCUGAUGGGGCUCACUUGCUCCCAGCAAAUUAUGUUCUCUGCAUAGAUGCCGUGAGGCAGUUUGCUGAGUCCCGUGUUGGACAGGCAGAGCGAUCUGUACGUGCACUGGAUGUUAUGUCAUGUUCUGUUGAUUGUUUGGCUAGGUGGGUCAAUGAGGCCAAGGAAGCAAUGGGAGAGGAGGAUGCCGCAAAGAUGUUUCAGGAUAUUGGUGAUUUGUGGCUGAGGCUUGUGCAGGGACUGAGAAAAGUUUGUUUGGACCAGAGAGAAGAGGUCAGAAACCAUGCUCUUCUAUCAUUGCAGAAGUGCUUGACAGGAGUGGAUGGGAUCCACAUUUCACAUGGUGUAUGGUUGCAAUGUUUCGAUCUUGUAAUCUUCACAAUGCUUGAUGACUUGCUUGAAAUUGCUCAGGGACACCAAAAGGACCACCGAAAUAUGGAAGGCACACUUAUUCUGGCCAUGAAGCUCCUUUCAAAAGUGUUUUUACAGUUACUCCAUGAGCUCUCACAGUUAACAACGUUCUGCAAACUAUGGCUUGGUGUGCUCAGCCGAAUGGAAAAAUAUAUGAAGGUAAAAGUCAGAGGUAAGAAAAGUGAGAAGCUUCAGGAGCUAGUGCUUGAGGUCCUUAAGAACACGUUGCUUAUAAUGAAGACAAAGGGAGUACUUAUCCAGAGGAGUGCCCUAGGUGGAGAUAGCUUGUGGGAACUGACUUGGCUACAUGUGAAUAACAUUGCACCAUCUUUACAGUCUGAGGUUUUCCCUGAUCAAGACCCAGAGCAAUCAUUGCUCAAGCAUGGCGAAACUGGUGUCAUAUCUGGCGAAACAGUUUCGGUUCCUUCUAAUGAAACAGCCGCCACUGAAGAGGCUGUUGCAGGAGUUUAACAUUGUGUACAGUUUGCCACUUGAAAAGGGUUUGUCAGUGCAUCUGUAGAUCGACAUGUGCAAUACAUUGCUAUUUUUGGAGGUGAUGCUGCUAAAGAUUCAUCAAAUCCGAGUAUUAUGGCAACAGGGAUAGCGAACCAGUAGACAUUCAGACAACCUUCCCUAGAAAUGUGGAUAAGUUGAUCAGUUGAUAAUUGCUGCUUCCAUGGAACCUUUGCCAAAAUUUGCUCGCUAAAAAUUGGUCUUGGUCUGUAUAUGGUGUUCCUGCAGUGAGAAGGAUUCAUCCCAUUCAUUUCGAUUAGUUGCAAACCUGUUGCAGUCAAUUAUAUUGCCUUUGCUCACUGAUUUAUAGAAGCAUAGAAUUAGAAGAUUUUACUUGGAAUGGUAAUGAAGCAUUUUGUUCUCACUCUUGUGCUAUAUAUAUCACUGAAUUUUUCAGAAAUUGGUCGGUCAUAGAUCAAAAUGUGGCUUGGAUAAUCAUCCCAUUAUGAAGAUUUUUCGUAAUUGAAUCUUCAAUGCAGGACAAAGAGUUCAAGGUUCCACUUUUCAACCUUGCUUCCCCAUAGGCAUUUCUUUGACUCUUUUUUUUCAAAUUAUUUUUU